CGUACGCAGAACUCUCCGAUGCUUUUACUAUUGAGCUUGAGAGCCAGACGUUUAAUUAUCUUCCCGCGAAUCGCCGUUCUGUAGGCCGCUGUGAUUGAGUGAGAACUGAGAAGAACGCUCGGUUACCUUGUGCUUCGAUUUAGGUUUUGCAUUCGUUGAUUUGUGCGAUGUCGUACUCCCGAAGGUCUAGAUAUUCCCGCUCCCCUUCGUAUAAACGAUCGGUCUCAAGGUCCCUGUCAAGGUCAAGGAGCCGUUCAAGGAGUCCUUCAAGUGACGUUGAAAAUCCUGGGAACAAUUUAUACGUCACCGGUUUGUCACCUCGAGUAACUAAAAGAGAGCUAGAGAAGCAUUUUUCUGCCGAGGGAACAGUGCUAGAUGUUCAUCUUGUGGCUGAUCCGUGGACUAGAGAAUCUCGUGGAUUUGGAUUCAUUACCAUGUCUAGUAACGAAGAGGCUGAACGAUGCAUCAAAUAUCUGAAUCGAUCUGUACUUGAAGGUCGUAUAAUUACUGUAGAAAAGGCUCGAAGACGGAGAGGUAGAACCCCAACUCCUGGGAGAUAUCUUGGACUUGUUAGAACAGAUAGUGAGAGACACAGGUCGUUGCACAGCUACUCUUCUCGGCGUUCUCCUAGCUACUCUCCAUAUAGAAGCUCAAGUUGCUCAUCUCAUUAUUCAUCUGAUCGUAGCAGGAGUAGAUCCUAUUCUGUUGACCGACACCAAAGAUCGUUCUCCCCUUAUAGCCGUCGAAGAUAUGAUUCUCUGGACUAUAGGCAUCAUAGGUCAUAUUCUCGAUCCCACUCACCGUAUAGGUUACCUACGAGGAGACGCGAGAGGUCUUACUCACCUUAUGACUGUUAUUCCCCUGAACCUUACUAUAGAAGGCACAGGCAUUGGUCCCUGUCAUAUUCUCGAUCCCGCUCACCGUAUAGGACACCAACCAGGAGACGUGACAGGUCUUACUCACCUUAUGAUUGUUAUUCCCCUGAACCUUACUAUAGAAGGCACAGGGAUCGGUCCCCUGAACCCUACUACAGAAGGCACAAGUAUCGGUCAGUUUCUAGGAGCCUUUCACCAAGGAGGAGAACCUUAAGGAGUUACUCUCGCAGCCCCUCCCAGGGAUCGAGGAGUAGUUAUUCACGUAGUAUUUCCUCUGAACGAAGCAGUAGAUCAGGGAGCUAUUCACGCAGUGUUUCUCCUGAAUCAAGGGGCUCAAGGAGUCGCUCUUGCAGCCAUACCCCGAGACGACGUAGCUACAAGCAUUAUGAGAGUCCACGUAAGAGAGGGCAUUCUGGUGGGAGUCAAUCGAGAAGCCAAAGCGUGGUUUCAAGGUCUGUUAGUCCUGCUUGAUUGACUGAUCUACAGACAUCCUCAUAUAUAUUUUAUGUACUUUUGAAGGCGCCUCCGUGGGUGGAAUAUCAUAUAUUUAAAUUGUGAUUUGGGACUUGAGCGUACUGUAUUAGCUAUUAAUAGUUUGCUACCAUUUUCUGCUAAUAUUUUGAUUUAUUUAGCAUGUAUUUCCUA